AUGAAGCCUGUCAUUCUUGGAUUGUAUGUCAUUGUCAGUAUGGCUUACCGUGCCCAUUCUGCCAUGAUGGGACUGCAACCCAUGGCAAACCCACCGUAUAUACCACCCCCUAUGAUACCUGGGUAUGGCGAAUCACAUGGAGCAGCUUCUGCGAUUGAAUGGUAUGGACCAAAGACGUACCAAGGGAGUGAAUCCAGAGAAUUUGCCAAAGAAGUUGUGUUAAAUGAUGAUCAGAAAGAAGAGGUCUCCAGUCCCGAUAGAUUGACCAAAGAAGUUAUGUUGGAUGAUGAUCAACAAGAAGAGGUUCUAAGUUCUGAUCCACAUCAUGAUCUAAUCAAGGGAAGAAAACCCCUCUGCGAUCGUCGUAAACCGGUUCCACAGAGUUCGAAUAUGAUAGCACCGAUUAUAGAACCACCAAUGGAGCGUACAGAAUACACAAAAGCACAAAUGAAACAUUUAAAAGAUCGACUAAAAUAUCAAACAAAUGGAUUAGAUUACAAAUACGAUUUAGAAGGAGAUAAUUUCUUUCAGCUUGAUAAGAAACCUUGUGAUUGUAGUGGAUAUUGUGGUAGGAUGAAAAUCUUUGAUUCAAAACAUCCUCAUCAACUCGUUUAUGAUACUGGUUGUUGUUAUUGUAGUUGGCAUUCUAAAAACCCUAACCAAGUUAAUUGUGGUGAAACUUGUUUGUCAUUGGCUAUUUUGUGUCCUUUUGCUUCAUUGGGUGCUUGGUUAAAAGCAAUCAGUCAUUCUUCAGCAAGGAACUUUUAG